AUGUUAUGUCGGGUUUGCUUGAAAGAAGCGGAAUGCUGUUUAGAAAUAUUUGAUGCCAAUGGAGAACAACUGGGGAUUGCGGGCAUACUAGAGCGGCAUUUUUGCUCCUUCCGACUGACACCAUUUCAACAGCGAUAUGUCGCUUAUGUUGGCAGAAAGACCGACGUGAAGCACGGAGCAGUUAGCCGAGUUGAGAAUGAAGAGUUUGUCGAAAGUUCGUAUCAAAUAAAGGAAGAAGAGUGUUUGGAACAUCUACUUCAGACCGAGCAAGCUGAGGAAACACUUAAUCCUUUGGCUGUACCGGAAUGUGAGGAUUGUGCGGCAGAAAGUAAGGUCAAGGAAGAGUUAAAUGUUGAAUUAAACUUGGCAGAAGAAAUUACUCCAUGUACUGGCAAAGUCGGACAGAAACGAAAGAGUGUUCGCGGAAGGCCUCCAGGAGACAAAGAAUUCAAAACUGCGGCAGAACACGAUAACGGUGAUAAUGAAUUUGAUAAUGAUGAACAGGCAAAACCAAAACAAAAGGUUAUCAAAUCAAAUUCACAAGACGCCGCCAUUGUGAAAAAACACAUUGUCCUGGGUUGUGAUCUAUGUGCGUUUGUUGGUGAAGAUUUCUUUGCAAUAAGCAAACACUUUCGAUUACAGCAUCCUAACAUUAAAGCGUACAUACGUUGUUGUAAUAAAAAGUUUACGCAACGUUGUAGAGUUGUGCAGCACGCGUAUAAACACGAGGAUCCUCAUUUUUUUAAUUUCGUCAUUUUUGCAGCGUAA